AUGAGCGUCGCUUUCUUUGGGGACGGGGAAUCAUACUUUGCCCCGUCAGCUGCUUCAUCUGCACGGAACAUGGCGGGUAUGGAAAAUGACGGUACAGAACUGAAGAAUCUUGGUGUGAUGAAGGAAGAGCAGUUGAUGCGACUGUAUUGCAAGCAGCAAAGAGGGAGCACGAUUAUUGUGGGUGUGGAUGACCAACUAGCUGCGUUAUCACGACUGGAGCUUGUGGAUGUACCAAAUCAAGAAAUUAUGACUGAUUAUCAUUCGAGCAAGUAUGGAGUGGAGGACUCGAAUACAGCAAAGUUGCCGGCUGGAAAUGAAAGCGAGGAAAAGGACGAAGGCGUGGAGCCGAAAGCUAGCGAUAAAAGCGAGCGCAAGCCGACGAUAAAGAUGUCCAGCCUUGCGUGCAGCUCGCAUGUAUUACGUGGUGAAUACGACCGGUCAUAA